UAGACACGCCCCCGGUGUGGCAGACCUCUGGGGCGCUUGUGGGUGUUGGUUUGACACAGCAAGCAGACUAACUCCGGAGGCGCUGGUGCACCAGCCUAGGAGGCCUCUCUCUUACUGGAUGAAGAUGAGACGCUACAAGCUCUUUCUCAUGUUCUGUAUGGCCGGCCUGUGCCUCAUCUCCUUCCUGCACUUCUUUAAGACCCUGUCCUACGUCACCUUCCCCCGAGAACUUGCCUCCCUCAGCCCCAACCUGGUCUCCAGCUUCUUCUGGAACAAUGCACCCGUCACGCCGCAGGCCAGCCCGGAGCCGGGCGGCCCCGACCUGCUGCGCACCCCGCUCUACUCCCACUCGCCGCUGCUGCAGCCCCUGCCGCCCAGCAAGGCCGCCGAGGAGCUGCACCGCGCCGACUUCGUGCUGCCCGAGGACACCGCCGAGUACUUCGUGCGCACCAAAGCCGGGGGCGUCUGCUUCAAACCGGGCACCAAGAUGCUGGAGAAGCCACCGUCGGGCAGGCCGGAGGAGAAGGCCGACGCGGCGGCGGCGGCGGUGGCGGCGGAGGGUUCCUCGGCCCGGGGUCCCGCGCGGCGGCCCCCGCGGCACGUGCUGAGCACCCGGGAGCGCGCGGGGGGCGGCGGCGGCGGCGGCGUCCGGGGCAAGCGGCGCAAGUGGGUGGAGUGCGUGUGCCUGCCGGGCUGGCACGGGCCGAGCUGCGGCGUGCCCACCGUGGUGCAAUACUCCAACCUGCCCACCAAGGAGCGCCUGGUGCCCAGGGAGGUGCCGCGGCGCGUCAUCAACGCCAUCAACAUCAACCACGAGUUCGACCUGCUGGACGUGCGCUUCCACGAGCUGGGCGACGUGGUGGACGCGUUCGUGGUGUGCGAGUCCAACUUCACGGCGUACGGCGAGCCGCGGCCGCUCAAGUUCCGCGAGAUGCUGACCAACGGCACCUUCGAGUACAUCCGCCACAAGGUGCUCUACGUCUUCCUGGACCACUUCCCGCCGGGCGGCCGGCAGGACGGCUGGAUCGCCGACGACUACCUGCGCACCUUCCUCACGCAGGACGGCGUCUCGCGGCUGCGCAACCUGCGCCCCGACGACGUCUUCAUCAUCGACGACGCCGACGAGAUCCCGGCGCGCGACGGCGUGCUCUUCCUGAAGCUCUACGACGGCUGGACGGAGCCCUUCGCCUUCCACAUGCGCAAGUCGCUCUACGGCUUCUUCUGGAAGCAGCCCGGCACGCUGGAGGUGGUGUCCGGCUGCACGGUGGACAUGCUGCAGGCCGUGUACGGGCUGGACGGCAUCCGCCUGCGCCGCCGCCAGUACUACACCAUGCCCGGCUUCCGCCAGUACGAGAACCGCACCGGGCACAUCCUGGUGCAGUGGUCGCUCGGCAGCCCCCUGCACUUCGCCGGCUGGCACUGCUCCUGGUGCUUCACGCCCGAGGGGAUCUACUUCAAGCUCGUGUCCGCCCAGAACGGCGACUUCCCUCGCUGGGGCGACUACGAGGACAAGAGGGACCUCAAUUACAUCCGCAGCUUGAUCCGCACCGGGGGCUGGUUCGACGGCACGCAGCAGGAGUACCCGCCCGCCGACCCCGGCGAGCACAUGUACGCCCCCAAGUACCUGCUCAAGAACUACGACAGGUUCCGUUACCUGCUGGACAACCCCUACCAGGAGCCCAAGAGCACGGCCGAGGGCUGGCAGCGGAACCCGAGCCCAGCCGGAAGGCCGCUCGCCGCCAGGGGCAAACUGGAGGUGGUGGAGGAAUAGCAAGUGUUAGGUCAUCUCGCAGGGUCAAGGCAGGGUGGAGUGAUGGCCAUUGCCAGCAUUAUGGCAGGGUGGCUCUUAGGAGGACCUGAAGCGGCUGAGUGGGAAUCCGUCACCACUCAAGCCCUUGCAAAUCCAGGAUCAGGUCUUUCAGCUCAAAAAGGAUAAAAUAAUAAUAAUAAUAGUAACAAUAAGAGAAAAUAAAAAGAAAUUUUAUAAACCUCUUGUCGGGAGAGGGGGAACGAGCGCAGACAUCUAUGCAGCCCUUUGGCCCCUGAAUAGAGUGCCCUGCGGCCAGGAGGUACUGCUGAUGAACAGUUGAGGGUUUCUGGGGGCAGGGAAGGGUGCAAAGAGCCGAGUGGGGCUGUGCCUCGUUGAAGGAAGGCCACCUUUGGCAUCCCCAGGAGUUGGGACUGCAGUGGCAAAGGGUGGGCGUGCCAUGCCAGCAGUGAGAAGGGACACUUAGCAUGGAGGUACUGGAAACUGCAUCCACACCUGAUCCUUAGUUAGCCAAGAGGCUGAGAGAGAAGCAGUGGAAGAUAGCACCCAGCUGCGAGGAAAUCGGGGAUACUUCCCAUUGUCCUCAAAAGUGCUGAGCCAAAGGGUCGAGGCACUGCCAGCUGGGAAGGACGAUGCCUGAGGCUGUCGGUGCCCCUGCAAGCUGACAUGUCUGGGCCGGGGGAACCUGGAGGAGACUUUCGCUUCUAAAUCCGGCCUUGAUGGCCUUCUUUUUCUGUUGCUGUCCCGUGGGCUCAGCUGCUUGCGAGGACUCCAGGAGUCCCGUUCUCAGGGUAGGACAGAGCUGGGGGUUGCUUGGAUAGUCUGCAUAGCAAGGCGGGCCCUGGACGAGGAAGAGACUAACAUAAGACCCCAACAACCUUCCUUCUCCCCCUCCCCUUCACUUCGAGCAUCCGCCGUCCCAGGUGGAAUCAUUCUUGUGUCCUUUCUAGGGGCCAGGAAGGGGGCAGAGGCACAAUACUUGAUUGGGCGGAAGAAGGGACAUUAAGGUUAGUUGUAUGUGAACCCCUUCCUCUGUUUGCCUUGCAGGGGCAAAAGAUGGAUUUGUUGGAGCAAAUUCUAAGCUGUUGUAAGAGGUCCUAGCAAACGGUGGUUUAACUAGACAAGUAUGUUUCUAAGUUAAGUUUUCCAGAGGGAGAUGGCCAAGAGCUACACUCCUUUCAGUUCUGGAUAGUGACUGCUCCAGCUCACUUGAGAACACACACAUGCACACACAUGCACAUGUGCCUCCACAAAGCACGGGAAGACAAGGAGAAGCAUCCUUCCUUGUGAAGGGCAUGAGCCAGAAAUGGCAGUCACUUCUGAAGGCAUCUCGGUGGUCAGGGUGUAGCAGCAAGGCUAAAAGGAAACUUGGGAAAUGUAGUCUCCAGCUGGGCUACCUGCCUCGACAUGGGAUUUCUCUUUAUUACUGAAGGAUGGCUGUGAGGAACCACCAGCACCUGGGGAGGGGUGCAAAUGACUGCUUUAUGGGAUCCUGCUCUUGUUCAGAGCUCCCUAAAUGAGCUGACUGCUCUCCCUGCCUGCCUGGGGCUGUGAGAAGAGUGAGUGCCCCUCUCCAUGGCUUCUCAGACGGCCCCCCAUGCCAGUAUGCAGGGCUACCUGUGGAAUGGUCCGUGUUUGUGCGUGUGUGUAUAUUUAUGGGCAUGGGUGCAUGCUGGGUGUGUAUUUGUACAUGUCUGUUUCCAUGUGUCCCUGUACAGAGACGCUCGCGUGUGAGUGUGGGAACCCAGGCCCCGGGUGUCCUCUUCCCGCACCUCCUGUGGCUCCCCUCGGGGAGCCUCAAAAGCAAGGCUGAAGGGGGUGUGUAGGGUCGGUCUGUCUGUGUGUCUUUCAGUGCGAGGAAUGAGAAUCCUCCCUGCCAGAGAGCUAUGCAGCUGAGAGGCCCCCACCCCUCACCCUAUCCGGGCCCACCACAUUCUCCAUUAGCCACUCACUUCCUGGAUGGAUCUCAUAUGGGGGCUUCCUGAGUGUCUCCUUUGCUGUAGCUCUGUCUGGGGGUGGGUGUCUGGGGGGGGCAUAAUGUGGGGAGCGGUUUUGAUGGGGCAGGCAUGAAGCAGGAUGAUGGGGGGGGCUCUGUGACCCCUCUCCCAUGAAGCCUCCCCUCCCCUUCACAGUAACAUUCCUCUCUGGUUCCUCUUGGGGCUGAGGGCUGGCUCCAGGAUUCAUAAUGUCUCUGUGACUCCGGGUGGGUCUGAGCUGGGGAAGUUUCCUUUAGCUGCCUCUACUCAUUCCAUGACAGGCUGUCUCAGGGCUCCUGGGUCAUGUCUCUGUCCCGGAUUCCAUCCUCACCCGUGCCCCUAGAGCCCUCGGCUGCUUCAGGGAUGCCCCUCCCCAGACCCCAGAGUCCAUGUCCACAGUUGACCCAUACAGGUAGGAGAAGGACAAGGGGAGAGUGCAGACCUGCUGGGGCUGCCUCCCCCCUCAGACCCGUGGGAGCAACUGGUCAUGAUCACAGCUGGGCAGGAGGAGGCUUGGCCAUGGGCUGAGAGGCCUGCUGUGAGGGGUGGGGGCUAGGGUUGGAGUCAGAGAGUUUCACAUAUAACCACAGCAUACACUGGGAAUUUGGGGGGAAGGGGCAGGAGAACCCAGGACCACUACCCCCUUAUGAAGGGAAACCAAGAUGAAUGUGAAUGCAGGCACAGCCCCUGGGAAACCCUGGCCUGUGAUCUCUGGACCCAAGGAGGCCUCUCUGCACCAGGGGUCCACUAACCUCGUCCACUCUGGGCUUAUGUCUGUUCCAGGAAUGGGCAUGACGAAGCUUUGGGGGCAAUGGUGAGAUCCAGGAGAUGGAGAGACAGGCUUCCUUCAGGCAGAAGGCAGGGUCCUGGGAAAUGUAUAAUUUAAGGACACCAAUAAUAAUAGUAUUAUUUUUUUUGUAAAGGAAAAUCAAUAUGUACAUUCUGAAAUCAUUUUCUCUGUAAAUGGUUGAAUUUCAUUUCACCCUUAAAGGGAUGCUUAAAGGAGAAAAUAAUAUUAAUAAUAAAAACAGCUGCAAAGUCUG